AAUCGAUAGUUUGACAGGCCCUAGUGCUUCUAGCUUUAAUAACAAUUUUGAGAACAAUUGCGAAUCAAAUAAUGAUAAUAAUACUGAGCUAACCUGCACUCCGCCUCCAAACCCGCUUCCGUUGACCAAACAGCUAAGAGGACCUUCAAUUUCAACUGCGUUCAUAUGGAUGCACCGCCACCGACAAAGCCUCCGCGCGGAGUGAAAUAUGGCAAGGAUGAGUCCGCAGGCUGUGGUUUUCUGGUCAAUGUCAUCAAAUCCCUUGGAUUCAGCGAGACUACCGAGGAACGCCAGAAGGAGAAGGCUAAAAUCGAGCAGGAGUUUAAGCGCUCGGACCUGCGACUCAAUGAGCUGGUUUCACGUCAUGACCAGCAGCUCACAUUGGUGCUGCCUCUGUUUAGUCAGGUCUCUACAGAGGUGACCGCUAGCCGGGAAAGGAUUCAUGCCGUCAAGGAGAACUUAGGUGCGUGCAAGCGGCUUCUUCAGUGCCGGCGAGAUGAGCUGAAGAAGAUGUGGACGGACGCAGUGCAGCACAAGUAUGUGCUGGAAAUGCUGGAGCAAAUCCAAGAGCUCCGUAAAGUGCCUCAACGUGUGGUCAGCUAUACAGCCAAGCGCCAGUAUCUACAUGCCAGCAAGGCACUGACCGAUGCCUUGACUACUUUAAACGGUCCUCUGCAGGCGGUCGAAGGUUUGUCAGACUUGCGAGCCGACUUACAGACGCGUCGUCAACAGUUGUACCAAAGGCUGCACGAAGAGCUGGUUACCCAGGUGUACACGAACUCUGCCAGCGAGGCCUUAUCUGCGUUCCAACGCAGCAACUCCAGCCGUUUGAAUUCCAGCUUUACGCGCGGUAUUGGUGCUCGACGAUCCACAGAUCGGAUUGAGGCCAAUGCUAGGGUGCGCAAGGCCCUCGCUGAAAUGGCGCAAUGCUUCGAUCUGGACAAGGCUGAGGUCAUCGAAGACGCGGACCUUAUCUACCCGGAGCUAAGCAUGAGCUACUUCGUGGCCAUCAUCGUGGAAUCGUUUGGAAUGCUGCACAAGGUGCCUGAUUCUCUGGAGACGCUGCGAGUGCAAAUCCAAACGGAACUUCUCAAUGUGGUCCGACAUACGACCCAACAACUAUCGCAGUCAGGAUUUGGGGAAGCAACAGCAGCCACCGGAGAUCAAAAUCCGCUCCUAAUGUUGUUGGAAAUCAUAUUUAAGCAGUUCAAGGCCAUUGCCAAAACGCAUAGUCUCCUACUGAAAAACUACUUAUCAGUGGGUCAGAAAUAUUCGGUUGUAGGGCCUCAAUCCUACGACUUGACAGAUUUUUGGGCCCAAGCUCAGUCUGUGUUGCAAUUGCUGUUAACCGACUACUUGGAUAUACAAAAUGCUGCCGCGGAUGAAAGUGCUCAGACGGGAUUUUCGGAACCUUCUAGCAACAUAAAUUCCUAUUUCCUAAGACGCAAGGUGCCAAGCACCAAGCGCUCCAUGUUCAAGUUUGACAAGUCCUCUCAUGUGGGCAACACUGGCCAAAACGACUCCUGUAAGGAACACCGCCGUAAUGCCUCAGAUGCCUCUGUAGACGAUAAUCUAGUUGCCCAACUUGGAGGCAGCGGUAAAGGGUCUACCAGCGGCCUAUUUCCUCACGAAAAGAAGCAGCGGGAGAAACUGUUGAUCUGUACUCCCGAUCAGAAUAUCAUUACCAAAGUGUAUCUGCCUCUGAUGGAAUAUAUUAAGGAGAUAGAGGCCUUUAUGAAGUGCAAGCCAGGGCAACCCUGCAGCCUGCACGACUUUGUUGACAAUUACAUUAAGGACACAUUCCUAUCCAAGGGCCACAACCGCAACUUGCAGUUAACCAUAGAGUCACUUUCUAAAAACCAGGACGCUUGGCGAACCAUUGUCAGUCCGGAGGAGAUGAAAACCCUCAAUUUGAGCCGGCCUUUGUUGCAGUCUACUGUCAUGGUCGAACGGAGACUAAUGGAGACCAAGAACCUCAUCCAGGAUCUUCCCUGUUAUUCGGAGGACCUUCUUAAAAUGGUGUGUGCUCUCCUCAAAGCCUAUCGUGAAAUCUGUCAAGCCGCCUACCGCGGAAUCGUGCAGCCAGACUCCGAGGACAAAAGAAUAUACAGUGUAGCCUGGUUAAAAGAUGAAGAUAUCAGUAGAUUCUUGAAAUCGCUGCCGAACUGGACGGAUCUAAAAAGCUCAAGCCAACGAGCGCGACACAACCGAAAGCUGCAUCGCGGCAGUUUCGAGCCGUCUGAAGAGGAGAGUCCCAUACAGGUGCAACAGCGCAACGUUCGUGAAGCCGAGAUGCUGACGAGUAAUCUGGGCGAAGGUGGAAUAAGACCGCAGGAGAUUCUGGACGAGAUCAGCGUGCUUAAGGAGCUUGCGAUUCUUCAAGAGAGCAUGGAGUGGUUCUCAUGCCGCGUUUCCGAGUUUGCAAACGACCUACGCCGCCCGAUGGUGAACGGACUGAAUGCCGUUUCGGCCGAGUGCUCCGCCGACAUUGCCGUUAAAGACGGCACGAUUAAGGUGAUGACCAACCUUGCCCUCGAGUUCGAUGAGCUGGCCAACACCUGUUUGUUGGUGCUGCAUCUGGAGGUGCGUGUCCAGUGCUUCCACUACCUGCGCUACAAGCCGAGUGUACGGACUAACAGCUAUGUUGGAUCAAAAGAUGACAUCCUAGAGCCCGACCGCCAGGUGCAGGUCCUAACUAAGCGACUUUCCGAGAUGGACGAGGCCUUCAGUGCCACUCUGCAUCCUCGAAAAACCAGGUACAUUUUUGAGGGCUUGGCGCAUUUGGCUUCACGUAUACUUAUCCAAGCGUCUAACUAUCUGGAGCAUAUCGAUCAAAUCACAGUGCAGCGCAUGUGCAGGAACUCCAUUGCCUUGCAGCAAACAUUGAGCAACAUAACCGCAUCCAGGGAAGUGGCCUUAGAUCAGGCCAAACAAUUCUAUGAGCUCCUAUGCAUGGAACCGGAUGAGAUACUCAAUGCGUUAUUGGAAAGAGGGACACAGUUCUCCGAAAUGCAACUACUGAACGCUCUGCAACUGUCGUGCAAGUCCUUCGGGAUAACCGACGCCAACCUUUUGGCCUCCUAUCAGCAAAAGCUUUCUGAUAUCCUAGGUACCAAGCCAUCCAAAGGUGUUGUUGUAUAAACGACUUUAAAGUCAGCGGAGAAACAAAUUUUAAUAUCCCUGUUUGUAUACAUCGGCAAUAGGUGUAAGAUCAAAAGGAGUGUAGUAUUAAGCUGAAAGUUAUAUUUCAUGUUCUGAACAUAUUGGGCCAGCACUUGGUGUUGCGAAGUAGUCGUUUAUACAAAUACAUAUUCUAAAGUUCAUUAACAGUACUUUAAUGGCCUAAACAAAAUAAAACAGAAUUUAACAACGA